CCCAGUUUCCUUUCCUGUAAUCCUGGCAGAAGCGCAGAGGACCUUUACCACAAGCAGAGCAAAAGUACCAACUCAUUUUGCUGUACAACCUCGAACCACCUGCCAACCCCCCCCCCCCCAACCCCGAGAAACCGUUCAUGAAGGACACAUGCCCGGACGAGCAGAUCUUUGUGUCACGAUGAAGGCCGCUGAAAAGUGAGAGGAGUCAACAAAGAGUGGAAACAGAUUCUCCACUAUUCCAAGGUUCCAUCCACUUGCGUGAGUCACAGCUGAAGCUGAAGGAGAGACUAUGAAGACAAGCUGUGUCACCCCACAUUGCAGCCCAACAAGAUAUGACAUAACAUGGAUCCCCUGCUAAUCACCAAGAUGACCAUACAGCUGUGACUGGCAUUGUGAAGCCUUCACCCCUUUUUCAGCAACCAGCCCAGACCCUUUUCAUUUUUGGAAAUCCUUUCCGAGCAACCAUUGUUGCUUCCCUUUCUCCAACAAAACAACCUCCUUUCCUGCCUGCCCCAACAUUUUCUCCUAUAUAUUCUAGCUUCCCAUCUUUGAUUUCUUUUCACCGGCAUCAUGCAGGGUGCUUUCACCACCUCCACUCUUCUUUUUCUUAUUCUCCCCUCCCUCCUCCUCUUCUCCCACUUUCCCCACAUGGUCAAUGGAGACUGCUGGCUCAUUGAGGGGGACAAAGGCUAUGUGUGGCUUGCUAUCUGCAGUCAGAACCAGCCGCCGUACGAGACAAUCCCCCAGCACAUCAACAACACUGUCCAUGACUUGAGAUUGAAUGAGAACAAGUUGAAAGCUGUGCUCUUCACCUCUAUGUUUCGCUUCACCAACCUGACUGACCUCAACCUCACCAAGAAUGAAAUCAGCCAUAUCGAGGAUGGAGCCUUUGCAGGACAAGCCAACCUACAGGUUCUCCAGCUCGGUUACAACAAGAUUACCAACUUAACUGAGGGUAUGAUGAGAGGACUCGGACGGAUGCAAUGCCUCUUCCUCCAGCACAACCUCAUUGAAGUUAUUGACAGCAAUGCGUUCUGGGAGUGCCCUAGCCUCAGCAGCAUUGACCUGUCUUCCAACAGACUUGGCCGCAUUGACCCAUCUACGUUCACGGUUCUCAAUCGACUCAUGGUGUGUGAACUGGCAGCAAACCCAUUCCACUGUGGCUGUGAGCUCUACAGCUUCCUCACCUGGUUGGAGUCCUUCAACAAUGUAACACACACCUACGACCGCCUCCAGUGUGAGACGCCCCGGGAAAUGUUUGGCUACCCCUUACUCAUCGCCGCUGGCCAUGCUGGUCGAAAUGCUAAAAACAUUUUGUACCAUCACUGCAGAGAUGGAGUGAUGAUUCCAGGGAUGACUUCACUCCCACCAGAUCUGGAUGGUCCUUCCGGGAUCGGACCAGAGAUGUUUGGGGCUAUUGGGCCAAACCAUCAGCCCACCCCCUCUUCCAAUGAAAACAGUCCCAGUAUCAAGCUUCAUCAUGUCUCUUUGUCGUCAGCCUCUCUCCUUGUACAGAUUCCAAGGCCCUACAGCAAAAUGUAUAUUCUUACACAAUACAACCACACAUAUGUGUCUGACGUUAUGAAUUUGAAGAACAAGAAGGAGAAGAUUACCCUCGACAAGCUCAAGCCACACACCAAUUAUACCUUCUGUGUAGCAUCCAUACGAAACUCUCAACGUUACAACCACACCUGCCUCCAGUUUGCCACUCGGGCUCAAAAUCAAGAUGACCUGCUCCCCACACCUUCCACCACUACUCACUACAUCAUGACCAUUGUGGGCUGCCUUUUUGGCAUGCUCAUUAUUUUAGGCUUAGUCUACUAUUGUCUUCGUAAGAAACGGAGGCAUGACGACAAGAGGAAGUCCAUCUGUGUCAAGAAAACUAUACUAGAAAUGCGCUAUGGACCAGAAGUGGCAGCAGCAGUGGCAAAUGAUCCAAUGGCAGUCCACAAGCUUCAGGAGCAGUCCAGAGAACAUCACCAGUAUCAGCACCACCAUGGAGGCAAACUUCCCAUGUCCCAAUCCUCUAGCUCGGGAAUGCUCCACUCAGCAAACACCAGUUCCUCCAGGCUUUCCUCCAUCCCACAAGUGGAAAAGAUGGCUACUGCCUUUUCAGAGGCCCUUGCUACAAGUAAAGGAAACUAUAUGGAUGUCAGAACUGGUGGGGCCGGGAUGGAGCGAUUGGGAGAUGGUGGUCAUGUAGGGAUGGACAUGAGGGACGAUGAUGGAACUGAUAUAGCAGAUGACUCAGAUGAUGACGGACGUGGCUCUGCAUCUGAGAUUUCCACUAUUGCCAUGGAGGUGGACAAGGUUAACCAGAUCAUAAACAACUGCAUUGAUGCACUGAAGCUGGAUGCGGCAGCAGUCGCUGCUUCAGGGGUCUCUAAUAACCCUACAGCCUGCUCCAAUCCCACCUCCCCUCCCCCCACCAGCACGUCCUCUCUGACUCGUGGCCUAAUCCCACUCUCCCAAGGGUUGUCAGAUUCGUGCCAAGUCAGUGCUCCCACCAAAAUACCCCCUCCACCUCCACUCCCUGCCUUGAAUGCCCCUCUCUGUGAGCGCCCAGGGAUCAGUGGUGGUGGCUUCGUCGUCAGUCCCCCCUACAGGCCUCCUCCACCAGCCUCUGCUGUACGUCCCAUCCAGCGGCAAAUGAGUGCAGAUGCAGCUGUGAUUAUAGCAAAUUCAGUCAAGAAACAGUCCAGCACCACCUCUUGUGGGUCCAUGGGUCGGGACAGGGAACGUGGAGGAGCUAGGGUGUAUAGCCUGGAAGUUUCUGAGCCUCGGAGCCCAGAUGGCUGUAAACAGCCGCAGUACCAAGACAGAGCCAGUCCCGUGGGCUGUGGGGAGCCCCUUGAAAGGCUGCCCUUAGUGGGGAGUGGGAGCUGCGCUGGAGGGGGUGGUGGUGGUUGUGACAGUGGUGGUGUUGGUGCCCAACAUCAGGACAACCAGAAGCAAAACCAUUACCAUCAACAACAGAAAAUACACCAACAACAGCAGCAGCAGCAGCAGCAGCUGGAGGUGCAGCAGGACUACCACUGCUCGGAGCACCGCCACUCCGUCCCAGCUCUGUAUUAUGAAGGCUCCCACCAAGGCUCCCCAGCCCAGAGGGUUUCCUUCCUAAAGCCCCUGACGCGCUCCCGCAGGGAUGCAGCAUCUUACUCCCAGCUUUCGCCUGCCCGCCACAAUUCCAGUUAUUCCGGCUACUCCUCCAGCCCAGAGUACUCCUCAGAGAGCUCACUGCGGAUUUGGGAGCGUUUUCGUCCUUACCGGAAAGGCCAGCGCGAUGAGGCCUGUUAUGUGACGGCCGGAAACGCCCUUAGAAAAAAGGUGCAGUUCGCUAAAGGCGAGGACCUGCAUGACAUCCUUGAUUACUGGAAAGGGGUGUCCGCACAGCAGAAGUUGUGACUUUGGGACCAGAGAUAGGCAUUGUGGGAAAAAUAGUUUGGAUAAUUUCCUUCCAUGCCUGUGGGCUAGAGAAAGGAUAUGAGGAUAAUGUAGAGAACAUUGAGGACAAAACGUCGCCUUUGUUAUGUUUUUUGGCAUGCUAGGUGUAUAGAAUAUUGUGCUAAAGCAAGGACUGUGAAACUGUGCCUGGGAUUCGAGAAUCAUUAUGGUGUUUUAUUUUACACUUUGUUGUAGCACUAUUUCUGGAUCAUUCUCAUUUAGUGUUUGUGGGUUUUAUUUAUUGCACAGAAAGUAUUUCCAACUGUGUAAAACUGUACUUUUCAGUGAUCAGAUGGACCGUCUUUAUCAGUGCCACAUUUCCAUCUAUGGAUAAUCACAGAAGGUAAAUGCUGAUAUCCUUCAUUAUAAGCUGUUGUGAUCCAAGAUGUUGUUUCCUAUUUGGUUUUGGGUGCUGUGUCAAUUUGCCCUUGGAUAUGUUUAGACUUCGAGGCAAAGGGAGACUAUGGAUGGUGGGAUCUGUGCUCUGUUGUCAAGUGACAGCAUGCCGUUUAGUGAACACAGAUGCAGACCCUAUCUCUUUUCAUGCGGAUGAGGUAUUUGCAUGUCAAUAGCGUCUGUCACACAGAAAGAAAGGAGAGAAGGGAAAGAAAUCAACAAAAGAAGAGCGAGAAAGCAGUCAAGAGGGCUUUAAGGUCCUGCAUCAUAAAGAAAACAUGAGGGAGAAAGAGAUUAAAGUGGUACCUUUCAUCUUUCCAACACGCAUGGUUCAAUGAGUGGUGUAAAGAAUGUUGUCCUGCAAAUGUCCUUAUUUGUUCUAAGCAGCAUUUGCCCAUGUAAUGAUACAGAGCGUGAUUUGAAGAACAUUAAGCAAAAUCAUAUAUCAUAUAUUUAAAUGCUACUUACCUGUACAAUAGAAAGAUGUAACCAUGUGACGGAUGAGCUCACACAAUCCCCAUAGCAAACAUGUAAUAUACGUGACAAUGGAACAGGAGAAAUUGAAAGCGAGGGUUUAAGAGAACAAAGGAAGGAAAAGCAAGGAUAUCAAUAUUUUUUUUCUGCAGCCACUGUGAAUGUAAGUAGAUUACAAGCAGGUUAGGGGGGAAAUCUAUUUGCACCAUUUGAUGUAAGCACUGGAGUACAUUCCAAAUCCUUUCCCUAACAUUAAAAACAGGAUGAGGCACAGAGGGAAAGGACACUUCUAAUUACUGCCAACAUGUCUGUUCUUUUCUCGAAAUCAAUGCUAUUGUCGUCUAUUGAUAACUUAAUCAGCCAACAUGUGACAGGCAUGCUCGCUCGCACUUUACGCCUCCUGAUUGUGUGUGUGUGUGUGGCUGUGUGGUACACAGUGGUUAGUGUAAGUGGGUAUUGGCAUGCCUUGUCAGAAUAUAUUGUAUGUGCCCAAAUUUACCUAAAUUAAUAGUUGUCAUAUAUUGCCUAUUGGCUGGUUGUUUGAGUCUAAACAAUACUAGAUUAUUAAAGGCAUGGACAAAUGUAUAAAUCUCAACAAUGUUAAUAUAAUUGUCCAUUAAUGCUCAGACAUACAUACCACAGUAGUGCAGUGCCUCUUGCUAACACAGCCAUAAUCUAAUCUCCAUUCUUGUAUAGUAUUAUCCACCCAUCUGGCCUUUUCUAUAAAACCAUGGACUUGUGAUUUUCCUCAUGAUAGUGUUAUUGCCAGGCAUUCUGGCAAAAGGCAUCCUGCUUUCUCAAAGCGCUGUGUAGCCUUUAGAUUUUUGCUUCAACUGCUGACAUACACAAUCUGAGAUCAUACCCGAAAAAUGUGAAAAACUGAAUCAGAGGUCCUUGCUCCACAUUUUUGUUCAGGGCUUUAUUCAACAUCGUUUAUCUCACUCCUUUUCUGUGGAUGGUGUGUUUUGAUCCAUCUCCCACUACCUUCCCUGCUCCCAUAGUUCCGAUGGUUCAGCAUGAGACACUUCCUGUUGUGUUUUAUCAAAUAGUAACAGUAAGAAAUUGCCCUUCUUUACAGGCAAAGGUAAUAGGAUGAGGGUCUGUUCAACACGUAUCAACAAUGCUUUUCCUCUUUUUUAAAUGUGUUGAUUUGUUUAGCAUGCACUUGAAUCCAGGUUGAACAGGACUGAGUAUGCAAAAAUUGAAGGGUGGUGUGUAAUGACCCCCCCCCCCCCAUAUUGAUCUGUGUUUUUCUCCCUCUCUCUUUGAUUUCAUGAAUCUAUCUCUGUCUCCUUUUCCUUGUCUUAUAAAGAUGUGUGCAUACCGUCAGGGUCAGAGGUCAUCGCCCCUUGGAGUCAGUGUUCUGAUGUGAGUGUUUACAAUUGAUGGAUUCAAGAGCCUCAUGGUCACCUUUUAAAAAUUGCAUUUCUGGGAUGCACCACCUUAUCCGCCUUCUUUUUAUGAUAAAGCACCAUGUGAUGAACAGACAGUCUUGGAAAUGUCUCCCACUCGUCUCCAAUUACCUGAGAUAAGAACGUUUCCAAAGGAGCUUGUUUUACUGUGAUUGACUCAGACGAAUCAGAAGAAAGGAUUUUCUUUGGAGUUCUCAAUCCCACUGAAGAAAAUUAGUUCCCAGAUCCUCAACUGCCAUAAUACGUUUACAGACAUGGACACUGAGGAUAAGCGUUACAGCAAAUUUAGAAAUGUUCAGUCAUAUCAGGAUUGCUCAUCAUUACAGCUGCCAUUAAUGUUCAUCAAUCUGACAUGAUCUAUUUGACAGAAAAUCCUGGAUAUUACUGUUUUUAUGGAGGAUUUUUUUAUUUAAUACAUUUUCUAUUUUAAUUAAUAUAUUUAACACACACAUAUUUGCAAAGGAAACUGAUUUUCAGGGGGUACGAAUGUAUGUGCAACUGCUCUUCUGCUCAAAUGUUAUUCACAGAUUUGUUAGAACAGAUUUGUAUUAUGACACAGCAUUACCAGCCCAACAAGGAACGCGCUAGAGGGAGAAGUGCCAAUGAUUUAAUGAACACCGUUUCACAAUAGCUCAAAUUAGUGCAAUUGUUUUAGAGGAUAUUGUGUUUCUCAACCUUGAUAAUCACUUGAAAGCCUUCUGCCAAAAUGACCACAAGAUAAUCAUAGAGAAUCCAAAUGUAAUUAUAUUUUCAAUUGUCACUGCACGGGACAGCUUUAGAUAAAACAGAUAACAUCCGUGUUUGAUUAACUUACCAUCUGAAUUAUCAAAUUACAAACAGGACCGGUGAUAUUUCUCAAAGCAUUAGCCAUGUCCUUCUACCUGUUUGUGUGCCACAAAGCCAGCAUCAAACAAAAAAAGCCUUCUCUUCCUUCCCAUGCUGCUCAUAUCCUCGUUGAACCCCUGGAGGGAGGCUCGCUCAGUGAUCAAUGGUCCUUUUUGUAGCACCGUCCUUGUUGUUUGUCUCACAGCCACAGGAAAGCUAGACGUGAGAAAGCCCUCUAAUGUGCUAUUAAUGUUUCAUCCUUUCUGUGGUUGCUUCCCCUAUCUGUCUUUACCACAAGAAAUCACAGAUGGUUUCUAAUUGUAUUUCUUUGAUGCUAUCUUUUAACCAGUCUGGCCUGAUUCAACUAAAAUGUAGUUGUAUAAAUAAUGAAUUACAGCCCAAAAUGGGGUGUGAGCUUAUGUCUAAUCAGUUUCUGAGUUGCUAAAUGCUUUCAUUAGUAAAGACCAGAGUAAAAGUGUUCCGUCCUCCCAUGUUACACAUCACUUUUCAUCCAUGUCAUGCGUCAUUUAAGCAAUCUCAAUCAAAGUGAGACUUUGCUUUUACGAGUGAUAAUCAUCAUUUGGAUGUAAUUUGUAAUGAUUUACUUGAUCAUCUUCUUACAAGGAGGCAAGUAUACAAACUUGCAUAUUAUUCUUAUUUCUAAACCACAGAAGUAAUAUAUUCUAUUAUGUAACCAAGAGGAAAGUGGAUUAGACAAUCAAGAUCCAGCAUAUGAGAAAAACAUUGCACAAUGUUAAGUAAUUCUUUAAUUAUAACAUGUUGAAUAACCGAUGUUGACACUAUCACACCAACAGCAAACCUAUUUUCUACAUGUGGUUUAUUAUGUGACCAAUGAGAGUGUUUUUAAACCUGUUUCCCUCCACAACAAACACACACACUCACACACACACACACACACACACACGGCAAGAGUAGUCGUCAAACAUGGAAAAUACAAAAGUGAGCCAGAAUGAGUCACAGUCUGACUAAACCAAAAAUGACUAUUUUCCUGAAAGGCAGGUAAUGGGCAAGGUCUUCAAAGAGACGAUAGCAAUGGGAAGGGGAUUUUGGCUUAAUGCACGCAGACAUCUGGGAUAAAGGCUACACUAAGACUAACCGUGCAUGAUUCAGGGGGAUGAUUCAUGAAACACACACACACACACACACACACACACACACACACACACACACACACACACACACACACACACACACACACACACACACACACACACACACACACACAGAAGGAUCGAGUCACACACUUAACAAAGAAUACUGUGGGGACCGGUCUUAAAAGAUAUUCAAAAACUUCAGCACUUCUGAAAACUGAAAGCAUCCCUCAUUUUUUUUUAAGCCAGCUUCAUUUCCACUUAAUUUCAUGGCAGGUGACAGACAGGUAUAUCUACUGAGAAUAGGUUGAAAAUCAUUUAAUUUGGUAUCUUCAGACCUUUUAUCUAAUGGUCUAUUAAGUUUAAUAUAUUACUGUGCGGGAGAUUGCCUUCGUGGAUAUUCUAAAACAUUUCAUGAAAACACCGUUGAUCUUUCAUGAAAGCUACAGAAGGCAUAAUAAGAUGUGAUGAAAAUGUUAAACGCAUUUUCUAAAAUGUUGCUUUAAUGCAAAACUGUAUUCAUCUAAAAUACGAUGAAAGGAAGUAAUUUGAGACAAAUGAAAUAUGUCUUGGCGUGACUGCUUUGUUGGUCAUUCUUUAAUGAGGCAGCUCUGACUGGCUUAACACUGCCAACGCUGCCUUUACACCUGCCAAGCAGUUUUUAAAUCUACAAUGAGAAGCCUGACAUUUUUAUGUUGGAAGCAUUCACAAACGACUAGAUGUCUUCAUUAAAAUACUACUCAUGUCCAACCCGUUCAUGUUUUAACAUCUUGAAGAAGCAUGCUGGAAAAACGAUUAAAGCUAUACCUGUCAUUUUUAAGGUUGAGAAAGCUCUGGUGAUUCUAAAUAACGUAUUUCUUUUAGCAGAAGAGCAGUUGCAAAUCCUGGAAGAAAGACAAAAUAGGCUAUUGUUUGCCACCUGAUUAGUACACAGACACGUUUAUUUACAUGUAUGCAUUAACUGCAAUGUUUAGUUUCCAAAGACGGACAAAAGACUUAAAGAAUCUGUGAAAUAUCUGUGAAUUUUGUACACUAUAUAAAAGAAAAAAAAUGCUACGGUUAAAAAAUGCUUCUAUGGAUGUUUUAUACUCGGCCUGAUCUCUUGAUAUGUCCGUGUGUUUCUCUUUUUUCAGUUGGCUAUUUGUCUUUGUUUACUUUGUUAGGGUUUUUCUUUUUGCGGGUGGGGCGGUUGGUUAUUGGGAACCAAGGGAUUGACUUUUAGUACUUGCAAUGAUAUAUGUUAAAGGUUUAUGAACAGAGAAAGCUUAACAUAGUGUACUACAUAAAAGAAAAGUUGUUAUAUUUGCAUGAUUCCCUGUAUUUUUUGAGAGAAAAAUAUAUUAUUGAGUGGACGUACAUUGAAAAACAGAAACUAUAGGGGCUAAAAAACAAUAUUGUCAAGUACCUUUGAUUUGAACAUUUAGGUUUUAAGCCGUUUUUUAUUCUCUGUGACGUUUUCUAUUUACAUUCUAACCUAUUGGUUUUUCAUUUGGGUGAUUGUAUAAUAUACUGACACUUCAGCUACCAUAAUAUUUGAGCCACAGGCUGGUGGCGAGUGCAGUGCAAAGGGGGUAAAAAUGUCUGAGGCUUGUGGGUGUUCACAUCCAUCUGUUCUGAGAAACUGCAUUCUGUUCUUCUCCAUUACAACGAUUAUUCUCCAUGGCAGACAUGCAAUGCUAUCUUCUUUGGCCCGAGGCGAGGCCCUGUCACAGUUUGUAGUUGGAUUUUCUCUUUAUCUAAGCGGCCUGCUUUAUAGAAAGAAAAAAAAUAACAACUUUUUUUACAAUUAGAGACAUACCACAUGAAAGUAUAGGUUCAAAGAAGAGUCAUCGGUGUAGACACACACACAGCAGGUAUUGUUUAAUGGUAUGAACCUAAUCCAAAUCCAUCAGUUAGACGUCACUCUUAAAUCAAUGCAGCAUCAGCAGCUUCUCCCUCAGACGCAGCCCACUCACUGUUAGCUAAAUCACAGACUUUCAUUCCCAUCCUCUCCUCUCACAGCCUGCUGGUUUUCUAGCCAAGUAGUUGAUCAAAUUCAUCUAACAUCGUCUGUUGUAAAUCACUUAUUUAUCAUUUUUAUAAGACUUUAAACUGCUGAAAAGCCUUUUGCGUGCACGGAAAAGACUUUCUCAACUUGAUUCAACAAAAAUAGACACCUGCACAGAUAUGGAAACUUAUAAUACAUGUUACGUUCAUAACUGAAGUCUUUAUAGACACGAUAAUAUAAACACAGAGUGAAACAAACAAAGUAUAAAUGGUUCCUGUUGGACAGAGUUGUGGCUUUAAGGGAGUCCGAGAUGUGAGUACGUUUCAUUUGGCACCCAUCCAAUAGUGUGCUGGUAACACCUACAGCACCUCUGCUGACAGAUUAGUUAUUGCAUUACAGUCGGUACAGAAAAAGCAGGCCAUAAAUCCUAUCCAUGUUUACAUUCUGCAGUGACAGUACAAGACUCUUCAACUGAGAUGUAUAGCCUGUGGUGGAGCCUUUGCCAAAACUUAAAGAGGCCUCAGGGCUUUUCUCCUCAGCUUGUCAACAUGGCAAAGCUAUAUUACAUUAUUAACCCAGUUUGUAGUGCCAUGUUUUAAUUGGGUACAAUUGUGCUGUUAUCUGAUAGGGCAGUUUUAUUGGUACUGGAGGCUAAUCUGUAACCCAUAGCUCCUAUUAAUCUAAUGCCAGAUCCAGUGUUGGGAAGCUGGCUAAAAGGUCCCAUUGCAGUGAGAGCAGUUCAUUCUGAUCAUUAGUUCAUGAACAUUAGUGUUUUCUGCGCUCACAGACAGCAGAGGCAGGGAAUCCAUUGCUAUUCCGAACACACAAUCCAGUGCUGUGGCAGUCACAAAGUCAGAAUGAUGGGCCUUGUCAGAGCCAGAGAUUGAAAACUCAGCGGCUUCCGAAAAAUGGCUGUCAAGGGUGCAGGGGAGCGGGGCCUUCCUUGACUCAUUGAGGAAAUUAAAUGUCUGUGCAUUGAUCGGUUCCAGAGCUAAUAUUGUCUUGGCCUUGCAGCAACAAACGUAUUAAGGUUUAUUUACACAUGAUGCAGAACUGUGUACUUUUAAGAUAGGCAUAAUGCCGAGCAAUAAACCCAAAUUAAACUAUUACUCAGUCACGUUUAGGGCUUUCAAAACCUGCUCAGUCAGCAUUCAGUGAUUUGACUUCUACUGAGCUCUAAUUCCUUUGAGUUUAGGGAUGCAAUUUCACACUUCACUGCACAAUCUGACAAACUACCGCUUCAGGACACAUUUGUGCAAGUUACAAUAUUAAUAAUAAACUGCGUGUUUUUAGAAGUUGAACCAUUACAAUUUCUCUGCUGUAGUGACACAUUUUACAUUCAUUUUACUGACAUCUCUCAGACUCUAUUCCCUUUACAAAAUAAUUUAGAUGCAUCCCUUUUACAAACACAUACAGGAGUAGAGGGAUUUCAAGCUAUGAUAGCCCCUUAGAAAAGUACCACAAACGUCUAAUAUAAUCACUGUAGUGCUAAAGUAUAACCACUAUCUGUGUGAUCCCAAGGGCCAAAGCAAAUCUUUGCAUCAAUAUUAUACGAUCUUAGUUACUAUAUUCUGCCAUAUAUGUCCCAUUUGUGUCAGAGCUUUUGCCAUGUUGACAGUGGCAGUUGGUCUUUUGAGCUUAAACUGUCUGUCACUGUAUUAAAUCAAAAGUCCCAUGAUCAUAUUCCAUCCAAAUCUAAUGUGACUCUCCCCUCUGGCUUCAGAUCUACACACUCAUGUUUAAACACCAAAAGGGAGAGGCACAGGCUUGGAUGAUGGGGAUCAUUCUUGGCUUUUUUUCUUUCUUUAAUUAUUUGUUGCUGACAUUGACAUUUUUUUCCCUUUGCGAUUUCUGUACAAAAGAUCUAUUUCUAUAUUUGCAAUAAAUUUGAUAUGAAAAUGUG